CGCCCGUUCCGCCGCGCUCGGCGGCGGGGGAAGGUGCUGGCCGCUCACCGGAAGCGGCGGCCGCCUGCCAUGGGGGCCGCGGGCGGGCGGGCCGGCUUCUACGCGGGGCUGGGCCUCGCCCUGGCCUCCAGCAGCUUCAUCGGCAGCAGCUUCAUCCUCAAGAAGAAGGGGCUGCUCCGGCUGUGCCGCCGCGGCCGCGCCAGGGCAGGGCAAGGAGGCCACGCGUACCUGAAAGAAUGGCUUUGGUGGGCAGGACUGCUGUGCAUGGGAGUUGGAGAAGCAGCAAAUUUUGCUGCCUACGCUUUUGCUCCUGCAAUGCUGGUAACUCCACUGGGUGCCCUGAGUGUCCUUGUAAGUGCAGUUCUGUCUUCCACCUUUCUGAAUGAGCAGCUGAAUAUUCAUGGGAAGAUUGGCUGCAUCCUGAGUAUGCUGGGCUCCACGGUGAUGGUGAUCCAUGCUCCACAGGAAGAAGAGGUUAACAGCCUGGAGUCAAUGGCAGAGAAGCUGAAAGAUCCAGGAUUCAUUGCGUUUGCUGUGUGUGUCCUGGUGAGCUCUCUCCUGCUCAUCUUUGUGGCUGGGCCCCGUUAUGGACAGAGCAACGUCCUAGUUUAUGUUUUGGUCUGCUCUGCCAUCGGCUCACUGUCUGUGUCCUGUGUCAAAGGCUUGGGGAUUGCCCUGAAAGAACUGUUUUCUGGGAAGCCAGUCCUGAAAAAACCACUGGGCUGGGUGCUUCUGGUGUGCCUGGUGAUCUGCAUCAGCAUUCAGAUCAACUAUCUGAACAAAGCCUUGGACAUCUUCAACACCUCUUUAGUCACACCCGUUUACUAUGUGCUGUUCACCACCGCGGUCAUGAUGUGCUCUGCCAUCCUCUUCAAGGAGUGGCAACACAUGGUGCUAGACAACAUCAUUGGCACCAUCAGCGGCUUCCUCACCAUUGUGGCUGGCAUCUUCCUCCUGCAUGCCUUCAGGGACGUGCCCUUCACCCUUGACCUCCUGCCCCUCUUCCUGCAGCAAAGCAGGGCAGACUUGCAGGCGUCGUGGAGGAGUGCAGACAGACAUCAGUCACAUCAGCACCAGCCUCUUCUGCCCUCGGAGGACAAUGGCUGUCAGAGCACGGAGGAGGAAGAGGUGGAAGGUGAAAACAUGUGAGAAAGCCUCAGAACUGGUAGUUUUCUGCUCCCACUUCUUGAGCAGCUCCCCUGCAGGGUUGAGUUUGGUGCCUCAGCUGCUGCUAGCUGCUGCUGCACUGGCAGCUGAUAGUUAGUGUCUACCUGCCCCAGGUGGGAGACAAGUAACCUGCCAGUGCCAAGAGGCUGACAAGAACAGCAACCUCCUGUAGCUACAGACAGCUGCUCUAGGACCAAUCUAGUUCCUGAGAUCUGGUGUCUCCUCCCUAUUCUUUUCCAUGAAGAACUGAUCCCAGCUCAUUGGAACAAAAACUUCAGCUGCACAGAGGCCUGCAGCACUGACACAUUUGUAACCCUUACUGCGUGUGAGGGCCAUGCAUUGAGGGAGGCCUCACAGCACUUGAAAAUACAUAUAUUGAAGUCACAAGAUAAUAAUCUUAUAACGUGGUGCUAGGGUUAUGUGGAGAGAAGACAGAUUUCUGACUUUAAAGAUGACAUACCCAGAGCAUUAACUUAAAAAUUCCUGUCCAGUACUUGUUUUGCUCAUUCUGCUAGGGUUUAUUUUCAGAUUGACACCCAAGAACAGCAUACAACCAAAACUGGAAAUGUUAAGUGGUGCUGCCACAUGCUGCUGUGGCUUUCAGAGGGACCAAACUCUUCAUGCAAUGUCUGCUGUGCAGGUUGAAGCUCCUGCUUACUGCAUUCUAUUAAAGCCCAAUCUGUUCAGUCAC